AUUGCUAUGCGGAAGCCUAUUAUCUCAGAGACAAAUCGACAAAAGCGACUUUCAUGGGCUAUUGAACAUAAGGAUUGGGUACGGGAUGAUUGGAAUAGGAUACUUUGGACUGACGAGACGUGGGUAACGGGAGGCCGCCAUACUCGUACAUGGGUUACUCGAAAAGCAGGGGAAAUGUGGGAUGAUACAUGUGUUGUAGAUAGAGUACAACGGAGAAGGUAAGAGACUCCUAUUUACUAUAGGAUUUACUAACAAUCCCUAGAGGUUGGAUGUUCUGGGGCUGCUUCUCAGGUGGUCUUGGAAAGGGUCCUAUACUAUUUUGGGAGAAGGAAUAUGGGAAAAUAGGAGCUGAGUCCUAUAUGGCUUAUACUGUCCCUCUAAUCCACGGCUGGCUACGCCUAUACCCAGGCCUUACAUUGAUGCAAGAUGGAGCUCCAGGUCAUAGAGCAGCUGCAACAUAUGAAGAGUUGAGAUCCCGUGGUAUUUGCCCUAUAGAAUGGCCCCCGUAUUCACCAGAUCUCAACCCAAUUGAACGGGUGUGGCAUAUUAUGAAGAAUUAUCUACAAGAUAAUCAUCCAGAACAUAUGUCCUACGACCAGCUCCGUGUAGCUGUUAAGGAAGCAUGGGAGCAAGUUGGAGAAGCUGAGCUUAAUGCUCUCCUUAAUAGUAUGCCUACACGUAUGGCAGCAGUAAUUGCUGCAAAUGGUAUGCACACAGAGUACUAGGCUUAUAGUAUAGUUUUAUAUAGGGGUUUAGGUAUCUACUCUACUCAUUAUUCUACAGAAUUGAUUGCUCUCACACUCAAGUGUUCGUGACGCGUGAGAAUCGGUACUUUGGCC